AUGCCGCCGGACGCAUCCCUGAACGGCCACGGCGUAGCAGACGCGACCCAUUCCGAGAAACUGCCCGGGGAACAAGACCACUCUCCAAAACGGGGAGAAGGAGCGAGCGAUGUAGCCAAGCGUUCUGCGGUAACAAUCAUAUUCCGUGCACGUGAUCAACACGGCGAGUGGAGUCGUUUAGUCGACAAAAUAGUGGUCGACCCAUCGGACCCGUCUCCUGUGGAGCGCAUGGCAGCUAAGCAGGCGCGUGCACAGAAGGCAACAUAUUAUGACCAAAACCUACGGCAGGUGCCCCCCGGGCAGUGCUUCGAUGCGGCAAUUGAGGAUGGCACGAACACGAUUUUUAUGACGUUGGGCGAGGAUCUGGCUGUAAGUGAGGAGGCGGUGGACUCGAUCACACGGGCACUCCAAGCCGACCCCGAUGAUGAUCGGCCAACAAAACGCAAGCAGUAG